GGUAGUCUAGGAUCACCGCGCGACCCGAGCGGAAGUGUUGAAUUCGGUCUAGAAACGAAAUCGGUGUGUGAAAAACCGUACACGGACUUACCUUUUUCCUGCCUGUGCGGAACUACGUGCGGAACGCGCGGUAAAAAAAGUGUGUCAGCAUAAUCGCGGUAACUGUGAAUACUGUGCGCCACGGGAAAAUUCGGCGGGUUGGUGGCUCUUUAGCAGCACGUGGUGGCGCUAAACGGAAAUUUGCCGGCUUUUUGUAGGGGGCAGUGAAUUGAAUGACAACCGAUAUCGGAGGAAAAAAUUGAAAGUCUAAUGUGUAGUGUUUUGGAAUGACGUGAAGGAAUUUCGGCAAACUUGCCGCGACUUUAGGAGUAAUCAGUUUAAAAGUGGAAAAUUGAAUUCGCUCAAGCGGGAAACGUGUGCUGUUUUGAUUGGAAAACGAACCGAGCAGGAAAUAUAGAAACAUUGUUGUGUGUUUGCUGAAUUUUGGCUUGUGUUGGCAGAUUUCGUAGGAUUAGCUUAGGUUAAAUAUAGAUCUAAAAGAACAUAGCCCACAAUCAGCUUUCUGUGUAUGAAAGAAAUCUAGAGAACAUCAAACAGCGAAACAAUGACUCCCCCACGAACAUCGUCCACAUCCCCCGCAAGCCUAGCGGCACAGGUGCUAGUGUUCUGCGUCAUCACGAUCACUCUCCUACAACCCACCACAGCGAGGAGUUAUGAAAAGGAGUCCUACCGGAAGGGAAAAUCGGCACAGAUCUCCGCCCCGCAGCCAACCAUCACCACCCAGCUGGUGGAUCUCUGCUCGGAGGACAUCAACAUGAAGCUCGCCUGUCACUGUUCACCGGAGAACCAUGCCAAAGCCCAGAAGGCUUCGUGCUCAAUUUUCGACGGCGAGCUGCCACGAAAGGACGCCAACUGGUUGGCAUUCCACACGCAAACCAGCCUGGAGCAUCUGAAAUUCACGGUCCGAAAGUCCGGCAAUCUAACCUACAUCCCGUCCGAUGUGAUCUUCACACUGAAGAAGCUACGAACGUUGACCAUCGAGUACGGAAUCAUUUCCGAUAUUCAUCCGUACGCUUUUGGCAAUCUUAGCGAACUGCGAGUCGCCAAUUUGCCGAAUAAUCAGAUCAAGACCCUGCACCCGAACGCCUUCGCCAAUCAUCCGGCGUUGGAGGAAAUCGUGCUGGAGAACAACGACAUCAGAAGGAUUGAUCGGGAGGCGUUUGUCAAUUUGCCUCUGGUGAUCAAACUGAAUCUGGCCAACAAUAGUAUCUCCGAGCUGCACGAUAAUGGCUUUGUGGAACUGUCAAAGCUGGAGGAGCUGCGUCUGGAGUUGAACAUGAUUUCCGUGUUGGCUAAGGAGUACUUCAAGGGAUUGGAAAAUUUGAAGAUCCUGAAGCUAUCCUACAAUGAUGUGAACUACGUGGGUGCUACCGUGUUCGCCGACUUGUGGAGUCUGCAGAUGCUGUUCCUCGACGGAAAUAAGAUUGAGAAAUUGGACGAACGUGCAUUCGAUGGAUUGAACAACCUGCGCUAUCUGCAUCUGGAAAACAACCGGCUCGUCACACUCGAGAGCGGUACGUUUACCAGCGUCUCUGCAUUGCUGGUUCUGAACUUGGACGGUAACUCACUGGAGACGCUAAGCUACAGUCAUAUCGUCCCGCUGAUGGAUAAUCUGGUCAACAGCAGUGCGCUGCUGUCGAUACGCGACAACCGUUUCGUUUGCGACUGCCGUCUAGCCUGGGUGUACGACCUGAGCAAUCGUACCCGCAACGAAGACCUGAAGGAAAAUCUGCACGCCAUCGAGUGUACCCUGGGUGCCAAAAAGAACUACUACAGCACCGGCGCUCAGCAGACUCAAUCCACCCUCGACAAUGCCUUCUCGGAGAACGAGUUCGACGAGGAAGGUGACUAUAUCGAGGACGCUGCACUGGAUAAUGAGUCCACGAUCGAUGAAAAACCCGAAAUUGUUAGCCUCUUCAAGCUGGGCAAAGAGCAGCUUCCCUGCCCGGAGGAGCUGGUCGGUCCCACCGAUGGACCGAAUCCACGCGAAUCCAAGGGACUGUUGGAUCUGCCCUGGGGACAUUCCGGUGUUAGCGCAAUUCGGCCGGCCGGCAGCAGUAGCACGAUUGUUUGCAUCGCAGCGAUUCUCGUUUCCUCCGUAGGCUUAGUGAUGGUCUCUAGUGUUAGAUGGUAAGCUCGCUAAUUUAUUUUCCGCCUGUGUAUGUAUUAGACGUAAGAGGAAAAAGAAAAGACAAAUAUUGAAACAUACAGAAAACAUGAUUUUAUUAGAGACUCCGGUGAGAAUUGUGCGCUACCAAAAAAAAAAGAUUUAAUGUAAGUGGUCCCCGAAGCAGAAAUUUACUCUCACGAGCCGACUAGAAAUUACCUAAUGAAACCAAACGUGGAGUAUAUCUCCGGUGAAACCCCCUGAUCUUUAUAGCUACUUCUCUUUUUAACUGCUAAAAAUAGAUCUAAGCUAAUGUAACGAUACAAGAUUAAGGUAAAAUAAAACAGAUUCUUCUACACAUUAAGUCAAAGUGAUGAUCAAGUGAGAAAUUAAGAUAUUAAAAAGCGGCGACCUGUUGUCGGAGCAUGCAAGGAAAUUUUAGCGUAGGGGAAAGCUCUCAAUUCGCUUAAGUGAAAAAAAAGUGAAAGAUUACCCCUGCAAGCCGAAUACAGAAGCAGACGACAACAAUGAAUUUGAACAUCUACUUUUUAGAAUUAUUUUUGAUAAAGCAAUAAAAAAUUGAUUUUCAAACCGAA